GCCAAGGGUGAAUCUCUAAACCAGGAAGCUCUCUGGUGGGAUUUGAACAGGAGGAAUUUUGGGACCAUGGCUGCCAUAGAUGCUCUCCCUGAUCAGCUGCUGCUCAAAAUCCUUUCCUACGUCCCUCCAAAAGAGUUGGUUUACAUCUGUAGACUCGUCUGUCAGCAGUGGAAGGAGCUUGUGAAUGGACUAAACUUGCAAUCUCACAAUGAAGGUUUGCCAAAGGAAAGUCAAGCUAUAACAGAAGAAGAUUGGGAUGCAUUUUAUUUUUGCACGGCUGCAAAAAAGAAUCUAAUCAAGAAUCCAUGUGGAGAAGAGGAAUUCAACUUCUGGGAGUUGACAGAUAAUGAUGGGAAUGGCUGGAAAGUGGAAGAUCUUCCUGGAGACAGUGGGAAGCCCUUCCCCGAUCAAAACACCCAGAAAUAUUUUGUUACAUCUUUUGAAUGGUGUCGAAAAACUCAACUGGUUAACUUGGUCUCAGAAGGAUUUGACGCUGAGAAACUGGACAGUCUUCAACCCAGCAUCACUGUGAAGGACUGGUAUGCAGGGAGACAUGACUCAGGUUUUUUCUAUGAACUGCAUGUUGAACUUCUGUCUGAAGACAUGAGCAUGAUCCAGGAGUACAAGUCUGACGUGAUUCAGGUCCCCCAGUGGAGUGAUGCGGAAUGGAAGGAGAUAUCAAACACUUUCACCAACUAUGGGCCUGGUGUCCGCUAUGUGAGGUUCACACACGGAGGAAAGGACUCCCAGUUUUGGGGAGGAUGGUAUGGAGCCAGAGUCACCAACAGCACCAUCACUGUGGAGCAAUAA